CUUCAUGGUCCUCCAUAGUGACUUCCACUAUCUAUGGAAAAGCAGAGCUGUCCUACUGGAUUCAGUGGAUAUGAAUAGAACAGAAAUGACCUACUGGAAACCACUCUGCUUCACUGCCAACUAGAGAGAGACCAAAAGAUAAACGAUUUACCUUGCAACUUGCUGACUUGUAAGGACAGUCAGCAGUGGAGAGCUAUGAUAAUACAACAAGUCCUAGUUCUGCUGCUGCUCUGGGUAUAUCUGCCACAUCCCUGCUGUACAGAAAUGUUCUUCAGAAGGACUACUGAGCACCAGCCAAAAGGCUUUGUGACACGUGCUUCAGGAAGUGAUGGGAAAGCGCUUUACCGCCAAAAACGAGGCUGGAUGUGGAACCAGUUCUUCUUGCUGGAGGAAUAUACAGGAUCUGAUUAUCAAUAUGUUGGCAAGCUUCAUUCUGACCAAGACAAGGGAGAUGGGUCUCUCAAGUACAUUUUGUCAGGAGAUGGGGCUGGUACUCUUUUUAUUAUUGACGAGAAAACAGGUGACAUUCAUGCCACUCGAAGAAUUGACAGAGAAGAGAAAGCCUUUUACACCCUGCGUGCCCAAGCUAUUAACAGAAGAACUCUCAGGCCAGUGGAGCCAGAAUCUGAGUUUGUUAUCAAAAUCCAUGACAUUAAUGACAAUGAACCAACAUUUCCAGAAGAAUUUUACACUGCUAGUGUUCCUGAAAUGUCAGUAGUUGGUACUUCUGUGGUGCAAGUCACAGCCACUGAUGCCGAUGACCCUUCGUAUGGAAACAGUGCCAGAGUCAUCUACAGCAUACUUCAAGGACAGCCAUAUUUUUCGGUGGAGCCAGAAACAGGCAUUAUCAGGACUGCUUUGCCAAACAUGAACAGAGAAAACAGGGAGCAGUACCAAGUAGUUAUCCAGGCAAAAGACAUGGGAGGCCAGAUGGGUGGAUUAUCAGGGACCACCACAGUGAACAUCACAUUGACUGAUGUCAACGACAAUCCACCUCGAUUCCCCCAGAACACUGUACAUCUCCGCGUUCCCGAAUCUUCCCCAGUUGGCACUGCCAUAGGCAGUGUAAAAGCCACUGAUGCAGACACUGGGAAAAAUGCUGAAGUGGAAUACAGAAUUAUUGAUGGUGAUGGGACUGAUAUGUUUGAUAUCAUGACACAGAAGGACACGCAGGAAGGCAUCAUAACUUUGCGAAAGCCACUGGACUAUGAAAUGAGAAGGCUCUAUACAUUGAAAAUAGAAGCAGAAAAUACCCAUGUGGACCCACGCUUUUAUUAUUUGGGGCCUUUUAAAGAUACUACUAUUGUGAAAAUAUCUGUAGAAGAUGUAGACGAGCCUCCUGUCUUCAGCCGAUCCUCUUACCUUUUUGAGGUGCAUGAAGAUAUUGAAGUAGGAACAAUCAUAGGAACAGUGAUGGCACGGGAUCCUGAUUCUGCUUCAAGCCCUAUCAGGUUUUCUUUGGAUCGUCACACUGACCUUGACAGGGUAUUUAAUAUACACUCUGGAAAUGGAUCCAUCUACACUUCCAAACCACUCGACCGUGAGAUAUCACAGUGGCACAAUCUUAGUGUUAUAGCAGCUGAGAUGAACAAUCUUAAAGAUACUACUCGUGUCCCUGUUUAUGUUAGAAUUUUGGAUGUUAAUGACAACGCCCCCCAGUUUGCUGUAUUCUAUGAUACGUUUGUAUGUGAAAAUGCAAGAGCUGGACAGUUAAUACAAACCAUAAGUGCAGUAGACAAAGAUGACCCCCUUGGAGGACAAAAAUUUUUCUUCAGUUUAGCUGCUGUUAACUCAAACUUCACUGUUCAGGAUAACGAAGAUAAUACUGCCCGAAUUCUGACGAGAAGGAAUGGCUUUAGUCGACAUGAAAUAAGUACCUAUUUCCUACCGGUGGUGAUAUCAGACAACGACUACCCAAUCCAGAGCAGUACGGGCACGCUGACUAUUCGAGUGUGUGCUUGUGAUAGCCAAGGGAACAUGCAGUCCUGUAAUGCUGAAGCUUUGCUCCUUCCUGCUGGCCUCAGCACAGGUGCUCUGAUUGCCAUUCUCCUCUGCAUCAUUAUACUGCUAGUUAUAGUGGUGCUGUUUGCUGCUCUGAAGAGGCAGCGAAAGAAAGAGCCUCUGAUCCUGUCUAAAGAAGACAUCAGAGACAACAUUGUGAGUUAUAAUGAUGAAGGCGGUGGAGAGGAAGACACCCAAGCCUUUGAUAUUGGCACACUGAGGAAUCCUGCAGCUAUUGAAGAUAAGAAGCUUCGACGGGAUAUUAUCCCUGAAACAUUAUUUAUACCACGGAGGACUCCUUCAGCCCCAGAUAAUACAGACGUCCGAGAUUUCAUUAACCAAAGGCUAAAAGAGCAUGAUAUUGAUCCCUCUGCACCACCGUAUGACUCACUUGCAACAUAUGCCUAUGAAGGAAAUGAUUCAAUAGCUGAAUCCUUGAGUUCAUUAGAAUCUGGUACUACUGAAGGAGACCAAAACUAUGAUUACCUCAGAGAAUGGGGCCCUCGGUUUAAUAAGCUAGCUGAAAUGUAUGGUGGAGGAGAAAGUGACAAAGACGCUUCUUAACCUACAAUACAAUAUGGUUUUGGUUCAUUUAAGAGGAAGUAACCUUACAGACACCUUCUCCACUCAACAAUAUUUAACAAUCAGGAAGAUUUUCCUGCCACUCAGCACAAUGGUUUUCUUUUUAAUAUUGAUUUCAAUUGUUCAUUAAUGUCAUUUAUUCUUUCUAGUAGGAUGUCACAUGGAAUAUAUACAGCAUUUUAUUUAAUCACAUUCCAAGAGCCAAAGCUAUGGAAAUUCAGUGUUGUCCAUUUUAGUAAGUAAAAGAUACCGUACUUUCAGAAUUUUGAACAGGGUGAUACCCCCUUAAGCAACCUCAUGUACAAGCCGCUUCUGUUAGGUACAUGUCUUACCCUUGCAAGUGCAGCUUUUAAGAAGGCAAAGAAGAAAAAAAUAAUAUAUCCUGGUUCUGUACAUUAAAAUUCAAACAAAAUGUACAUGUGGUGUUA